AUGGCGCCCAACAACCAGCUCGGCAAGCGCGUCAAGCUGACUCAAGUUCGUCGCCCAUUUAUUGUCGGCACAACAGCCGUGCCCUUUAGCGAAACGAACCCGCGGCCGGUCGGCGCGCCGGAUAACCAUACGCAUUCGUGGUCGGUCUUUGUGAAAGGCCUCGAAGAUACAGAUAUCACAUACUGGCUGCGACGUGUUCAGUUCAAGCUACACGAGUCGAUUCCUAAUCAUGUGCGCAUGAUUGAAGGUGAAACCGGUAAGCCUUUCAUGGUCAGCGAAACGGGAUGGGGUGAAUUCGACAUCACCGUCAAGCUAUACUAUGUCAACGAAUCCGGCGAGAAGCCGCAAACACUAUACCACUACCUACGCCUGCAUCCAUUUGGCCGAACCGAGGAGGAGAAGCAAGCCAUGGUAACGAAUAAUGGCGAGGUCCGCGCGUGGAGCUACGAGGAACAGCUAUUCAACGAACCUUACGAGGUGUUUUUCAACAUUCUUACGAGCGGCGCCGUCCCCAAAGGCUGGAAGACGGCCGCGGGCGGCAAAGGUAAGGGCAAGAACCGUCCGACGCCGCCUCUCCCGCCCCCCGACAGCGACAACGUCUGGGAGCGGUCGGCCAUGAUUCCCCGGCACAACCGGCCAGCGCAGCCGUUUAGCCGCGAGACGGAGGCGGCCGAGAUCAAGAGGCUCAAGGAUGCGCAGGCCAAGACGGAGGAGAUGAGUGCCAAGGUGCUAGCGGAGCUCAAGGCCAAGGAGGACCUGCUAGCCAAACUCAAGGCCGAAAACGCCGCGGCGGCGGCGGCGGUGGCCAAGCCAGUCUAG